AUGGAAAUGCGUAUACAAAUCCCGUUGGGAAAGCUGCAAGCUGUCCGGUUGAUCAGCAAACGGGAAUUGACAAAUAUUGACAGGUAUCUCGACACAAAUCAAAAGAAACGAGUUGCCAAAUUUUUCCGCGACGAAGCCGCCAAGAGGAACAAGUACCUGGCCAAGCCGAACUGGACAUUACCUGAAACACUCCAGAUGGUGAACAAAGACGGUUACAGAGCACCUUCCCCGGAAAUCCUAUCCGAUGAUUGGGAACCGACAUGGACGAUGCCCGAGUGUCAACUUGCCGCCGAGAAAGUGUACGUACUUGAUACAUCACCAGAGACCACCCCAGAUCAUACUGAGAAGAAGGAAACCUCCGAGGGAGAGGAGGAAAAGGGAACACCUUCCUCCAUGAGUACUGUGGUAACAGAUGACGACGAAAUCGAGCCAGUACAUGCCGAUAUCCUUGACAUCGCAGCAUCACCAUUACCUGAAAGCGACAGUGGAACAGAACAAAGCGAUCCAGAAGAAGAAAGUUCAAAAACCGAAAUGAUGAAUAGCACCAUAAAAACCCUGUGGGACAAGCAACAAGGAUCUUACCAUAGCCUCAAGGAGGGACUAUUCACUGCAAAAAAAUUCAUAAAAGGAUUUGAAGAGGUAUCCAAGACACAGAUGAAGAAGCAAAUAUACCGAGAGAAACUGAAACAGAUAAAGGCCCUCAAACGCCAACAUCAGCAAUAA